AUGGCCGGCCCUGUAAACCCCUUUGCUGGCCUCGGCCAGAAAAAUGGGCCAGCCGGUUCAGCAGGACGUGGACGUGGUGGACCAUCUGGCCGACCUUAUCAAACCAAAGCCGCUAAUACGUCACACGAAACCAAAUUUCGAGGCCGGGGCCGAGGGGCUUCAUCAGCAACAAGGUCUGGGCGGGGGCAAGGAAGGGGCGCUGCCUCAGCGAGCAAUACCUGGCGCAACAAGUCAGAUUCACCGUCGGGUUCUGUAGGACCGAUUACCUCGCCUUUCGCACAACUUAAGCAAACGGCACCUGCUUCGUCGCCCUUUGGCGGCCAGACAUUGCAGCAGAAGGCGUCUCCUACAGGAUUUGGAAAGGCCUCGCCGGUGCCGUUUGCUGCCCCCAACUUCGAUGGCAAUGGCGUCGGCUUCGGUACGGGUUUCAGCCAAGGGCCCUCCCACCAACCCUCGCCUUCCAAUAACGGAUCCAGCGUUCCCGUCGAAGAACUGUCGCAUAUGAGCAGCUAUACCGAGCGUUACGAACAGCUUAAACUCGCUAGAACCAAGGAACGGGAAAAGGCCAUUAGGGAAGGGCAGAUGGCAGAUCCAAAUCAACCGACUUCCUUGAAUCAAGCCAUUACACCCGUAGGCACGUGUACGAGCAUGUGCCCUGAAUUCGAAAGAGUGGAACGUAUCGUUCAGAAGAUGGUCGACAAAAGCGAGAAGUUUCUGCAUCCCGCAACGAAUUCGCUACAGAAUAUGGAACUGAAGAUGCUAAAACGGUUCAGAAGAUCCGCAGCCGGCUAUGAUGAACAGCUUCCGUCAGACAUUCGAACACCCAAGACCCUCCUUCAGACCAUGAACUACCUCAUACGGCACGUCAUUGAUGGGCCCGAGCCUCUUGGACUUAUCCAUAAGUUCGUAUGGGACCGAACUCGCUCAAUCCGUAAUGAUUUCUCUGUCCAGCAGCUCACGCAGGAGGACCAUGUGAAGAUGGCGGUAACAUGCCUGGAGAGAAUUGCUCGGUUCCACAUCAUAUCACUACAUCUGCUGUCGAGCCCUGCGAAUGAUGAGCCUUUUGAUCGCCAUCAGGAACGCGAGCAGCUGAACAACACGAUGUUGUCACUGAUGUACUACUAUGAUGACAAUAGAGGCCGGAUCGCCUUUCCGAACGAAGACGAGUUCAGGGCCUACUAUAUAAUCUUUUCGAUUCAUGACCAACGGCCUGAUUUGGAGGCUCGUGUCCAGAAAUGGCCCGCGGAGCUGAGGAACUCACCCCGGGUUCAAAUCGCCCUGGAAUUGUUUGCUGCUGCCGGGAAUACAUGGGAGUAUCAGGGUACUCUCGAUGCGAAGCGGCCAAACGCGAUCGCGCAAGGCUUCUACGCACGGUUCUUCAACAUCAUUGAUUCGCCGGGUGUUUCCUAUCUCACAGCCUGCGUUGCAGAGAUCUACUUCAACCACAUGCGUCAGACCGCUAUUCGAUCCAUCUGGAAAGGAUACUGUCGCUAUCCUGCAUCCCAACAGCACAAGAACGAAGAAUGGACUCUUGACGAGCUGACGACAGUUCUUUGCUUUGAUGACCACGAACAGACUAUCAAAUUCUGUGAAGACCAAGGCUUGGAAUUUGCCGAGAACGCCAAUGGUGAUCUUUAUCUUAACUGGGGCAGUCGUCCAAUUGAUACAGUCGCCUUUCAGCCGUCGUCAGAUCAUUCAUUCUCGGAACAGCAUGUUGAGUCAAAGCGUGCAGGCAGAACACUAGCUGCCAUCAUCCUUGGCCUCAACAUCAAAGAAGCUGCAAAUCUCGGAAUGGUCGAUAUAUCUCAUUUGUCCGAGCGCAUUCCUGCGUUGCCCGCGCCUAUGACUACAAAUGAUGAUUCGCUUUUCGUGAGCGACGAUGAUAAUGUCUCUCAACCGUUCAACUUCAAAACGGCUGGGUCUCCUUCACAAGAAGAGAGCCCACGCGAUUCGCCGAGCUCUGCAUCUAGCCUUCAGAACGCAUUUGCGGGAUUUUCGCAGCCUGAAACUUCGAAUCCACCGGCUUUUGCGUUUGCUCCUAAUCCGACUCCACAACCAUCACAGCCCUUUGGUACGCAGCAACAGACAUUCUCGUUGCCAUUUCCGCCUAGUAGCACAGCCAAUGCCUUUGGGGUACCUACAAGUGUACCUUCAAAUCCUUUCGCAAAUGUUAUGCAGUCCUCCACCCUAUCGAAAAGCCCUCCGAAAGAAAGUAUCACAGCCUUCACACCUCCGCCCGCAAAUCAACAGCCGAACACCCUCUUUGCCCCUGCACCGAGCCCAGUUGCAUCACAAAACACAGAAAAGCCUUCCGUAUUCCCUACUACCACACCUUUCAACUUCGCGAAUGCCGUCAACUCUACUACCGCCCCGACAUCACCAUUCAGUACCCCUACAGUUUCUUUCGCCCCAAAGUCCGACCAAGCCAACGUAGCGGCUGCUGGCCAGCCCACACCUACGCCCUUUAGCACAUCAAAGGGUCCGUACGCGUCAGGGACAUCUAACUCGAUCUUCGGUUUCUCCGACGAAAGCAUAACUUCUGCUGACGCUAUCCCCCCUCAACCUCAAACAACGUCACAACCUUUUGCAGCUGCAUCACCGCCAUUUACGAAUACAUCUGCCUCGGAGAAGCAAGAGCAAUCCCGCAUUUUCUUCUCCCCGCCGCGUCGUGUGCCAACCGACACCGCGUCCCAGACCCAACUGGGCAGUUCGGCAGUCGAAGAGAAACUAUCAACCCCCUCUGAUGAGAAGACCGCUGUUCCUUUCAAGAAAGAGGUCUCGCCUGAACCGUCAGUCGCAGAAGAGCACAUAUCACUCCCAAACAAUAACACUCCCAUUGAGUCGCUGCACUCAUCGACUGCACAGGAACCGGAGGCAGCGAAGCCCCCUAUUGACGGAGAGCGUUCAGCCCAGCCAGUUGAGGUGGAAAAGGAACACGAGCCUGUAUCUGUUGAAACGCCCAUUGAAGAACCAUCUGCCGAAGCUGACGAUGAUUCGCGGCGUUCUGCAUGGUUAUCCGCUCUGAAAGGAGCUGCUGACAGACGACGAGAAACUGUGUCUAAUGGACGUAAGCGAGUCCACGAGGAGCCAGAAGAACCAAAACUCGUGGAAAGCGGACCUAAAGCGCAGAAACUGCAAAAAGCCGAAGUGCCCACUCCGCAGAAGAAGUCCAUGGCACUUGCAUCUACGAAACCUUUACCAAAGCUUCCGAUUCUGGAACAGAUCGAAUCAAUGACCGCCAGAAAGCCGGUGGAACCCAAGCCCGAGGCGCCGAAAUCGAUUCAAGUUGACGAAGAUGAGCUGCUUUUAUCUGCUGCCCGCAUUGCCGCCGAAUCAUUAAGAAGUGGACCAAAGCUCCUCGAUGGGUGGUCUACAUCCUACGAACCCCGAAGCUCUUCCUUCAGUCCCGGGGCUAGUUUAUCCUCUUCUGUUGCAUUUUCCAGAAGCCAGUCCCCCCAAUCAUCAUCCUACAUCAAUGGCUAUGAAGUCUCGCUAGCCCCAGAUACAGAUCUCGGACUUGGCCGUACGUUGUCUCGAACAGAGCAACGAAUUCGACUGACAGGAGCUAAGGGUCUGGCGUACAAACCGUUGGAUUUCACUCCUGACAAGAAACGGAGAUCUCGCUAG